AUGCCCAUGCCUCUAUUCAACGCCAUCGAUUACCGCCGUACCGGCGCUCGAAUGACGAAAGGGGCUUUCGGCGCCGUUACCUCAUUGCACCGCUCCCUUCUUAUAUAUUCACGACCUUUGAAUGGCUCUUGGGAACACAAGCCGGUGGAGGGGCACGCCACGCUCAAGAGCUGCUCGCUCGUGUCUUCAGCUCUGUGUGGUGCCGCUCAGCGGCGCCUGUUCGCCAACAUCCGGUUGAUGCCCGUGGUAGACACGGAUGGGUACCCCGAUUACGCGCACUGGGGUGCCGACGAUGCGCUCCGCUUCCUGGAUAGUGCACCACACAUUCCAGGGUAUGUGCGGCAUCUCUGGGUUGUUCACGGCUCUGGGUGGCUGGAGGAGGCUGGCGCGGCGGCCGUCAUCGAUAGGUUUGAGCGCCUUGAAGGCAUCACGAUCGAUACGCACGACCACGGGGACGACUUCUCCUCCUGGGACAGCUUCCACGGCCUCGUACGGGAAGCCCUUGCACGGCAGGUGGCGCGCGCGCAGAUGCGCUCUCUGACGCUCUGGUCCACGCCGAUCGACGUACUUGGCGAGCUUAUCCGGUCCGCUGGCCACUCGCCGCUGGCCCACGUGUCCCUACACGAGCUGUCAGUUGGCGGUGACAUCGAUGAAGAAGGUUCACCUGGUUCGGAUGGCGGUAGCAGCGACGGCGACUCGGAUGUGCCCCCACUGAAACUCGACGCACUGGAGCUCCUCCCGCGCUUUCUCGAACAUCGCAGUGGCCUUAUCGACCUUCGUUCGCUCCGCUACCUCCACAUCAGGGACGAAUUCUACGGUGUGAAUGACUCCAUUUUAGCGCACGCCACAUCCCUCGAGCGUCUUUGCGUUUCACUGGGAGAGCAGACGCACUUUUCCAUCGGCGAGCUGGAGGAGCCCGCCUUGUCCCUCGAACAUAUGGACAAGCUUCACACUUUCGAGCUCGCGCUGCGCUUAGAGCACGGGCUUGUGGCAGAUGAGGCGUACGAUACAGAUGGGCCCCUGCAGCUGCUCCGUUGCGUCCCGGCCCACGUCCCGCACGUGGUUGUUCGCCUCCUCAUUGUCGACGACACCGACAACACCGGGUCCCAACAUCCCGACCCUGCGCUCGUGCCGGGCAUCGAAGCGUUGCUCGCCCCGCUAGCCGAAUGGCUCGCUGAGGCGCCUUCUGUGCCCGGUGUGCGUCGCCGGUUGACUAUGAUGCUGGAUGUAGAGUCCGAGAACCCGGAUAUCGAACAGAUCAAGCCGGACAUGACAGCGAUGCUGCGCGGCUUAUUCGGCGGCCUCGAUCUUGACGCAGAGAUUGAGCCCAUCCGUGCACUCACCGUCGACAAUGAGUUAGACCCGCGGCAUGCGCAUUCGUUCCCGAGACCGCCCAACACACUCUGGAAAUGA